GUGACGUCACGCAGACAGGAGCCGCUGGAGGAGAGCUCGGUUGCUGUCGUGUUUUUUCUGCUACGCAAAAUAGUUUCGUGUUUAAUUUCCCACCAUGUCGGGGUUUGACAGCAACCCGUUCGCGGACCCUGUGGAUGUGAACCCCUUCCAGGAUGCCUCAGUCACACAGGCCAUCAGCAGGACCAAUGAAAGCACUGGGGAGUAUAAUCCAUUCUCUGCAGCAGAAAUGGGACAGUAUUCUGGAACAACCGUCCCUGCGCCUGCUACCUCUCCAUCCCAGCCAGCUGUACUUCCCACAUCUGUGGAGCAAAGCACACAAGCGACGGCAGCAGCUGCUCAGGCUAACCUGAUCAAACAGCAGGAAGAGCUGGAGAGGAAGGCUGCAGAGCUGGAGCGGAAGGAGCAGGAGUUACAGAACAGGACCACGAGCAGAGACCCAAACACAGGAGCUAAGGAGAACAACUGGCCACCUCUUCCAAAGUUCUUUCCUAUAAAGCCGUGCUUCUAUCAGAACUUUGAUGAAGAAAUCCCAGAAGACUACCGCAGAAUAUGCAAGAGGAUGUAUUACCUCUGGAUGUUGCACAGCGUCACACUCUUCCUCAACGUGCUGGCUUGUUUGGCCUAUUUCACCGCCGACAGCAGUAAAGGAGUUGACUUUGGUCUGUCCAUCCUUUGGUUCAUCCUCUUCACUCCCGUGUCCUUCGUCUGCUGGUACAGGCCAGUUUACAAAGCCUUCAGGUCUGACAGCUCCUUCAGCUUCUUUUUCUUCUUUUUCGUCUUCUUCUUCCAAGUGGCAGUGUACAUCAUCCAGUCAGUAGGAAUCCCCUCAUGGGGAAACAGUGGAUGGAUCUCAUCAAUUAGCAUGAUUGGUUAUAACUUGGGGGUCGCUGUGGUUAUGAUGGUAGUGGCUGGAUUUUUCACUGUCAACGCUGUUCUGGGUGUCAUCCUGCUAAAAUUGGUCCACUCCAAGUACAGAAGGACUGGCGCGAGCUUCACCAAGGCUCAGCAGGAGUUUUCCCAAGGAGUUCUGACCAACCGCACCUUCCAGAGCGCUGCAGCUAGCGCUGCCACCUCUGCUGCCCAGGGAGCCUUUGGCACUAACCAAGAAAACUAAACUGCUCCAGAAAUGCCUGCAAAGGUUUCAAAAUCAUACAGAAAUUUGCCAAAAUCCAAAAAGAAACGUCCUACAGAUAUCGGCUUUAUAAACCUUAUAGCUACAUUUUCUUAAACACUGUAUUGCAAAUAACAUUUUCGGACCAUGUACAGAUAAAAACAAGAAGUUAUGGUGAUGAAGUCAGUGCCUUGAACGCGGCUCAGUUGUUUCCAACUUUAGACUUCAUUUAUUAAUGUGCAAUAUGUUGGAAUUUGCAACCAUCUGAAAUCAUAAAAUGCUCCAGGAAAACAGAGGCUGAUUUAAAAGAAAAUAUGUUUUAUGUAAAUCUAAAAAGCUUGGUUUAGAAGCAGUGUAAUAAAGCCUUAAGAACAAAUGUACACGCAAUAGGGUAGAAUUAUUAUUGAAUAUUAAGGUACACCGCAUAGUAUGCCUAUAAAGCAAUAUCAUUCUGUUAUAGGACCAAGUUUUUCUGACUCUUCUGUUACCUUUUUUUUUUUUCUUUUUUCCAAGCUUGAUGCUUUUAUGUAUGUAGGACACAUGAACCAAUGACUAAUGAAGGUGAAGGGAUGAAGGUCUGUCUUUGUAAUUGGACUUUUGAUGGAAUGUCUCUAAAUGAAGAUGGGAUUUCUUGGGUGGAUGGGGAGCUGCUACGUUUUUAUUUCAUACUAUGUUGUGAAGGAAUAUCUAUAUAUUUUGUUUUAACUGAACUUUGCUGUGAUUACAAAGUAAUACAUUGAGGUUUGGUACAGAUCUACUGAUAAUUAUUGGAUAUAGGUGCAUUAAUGAGCGGAAAGAACAGAAUACUUGCAGCGCACAUAAAUGCAGCUAGUUAUUUGAUGGGUUUAGGAUUUAUAAGACCUGUCCUGUAAAUGUAUAUAUAACUGACAACUUCUAUAUUUAUGGUACCAUAACACUGAAUCACAUUUUUUAGGCACCUUUUUUGUCCAGUCUUAAUCUUAUUGGUUUUGUGUUACAGUUAAAACCCUUUAAAAUGAUUUUAUGUGUAUGAAAAGGGCUGUCUUUGGUGUUUCUCAUUGAUAUAUGCAUUAUAACGUGUUUGUAAAUAUGUUUAUUUAAGCUGUACUUAGUGGAUGGGUAUUUGAAGGGAAACGGCCCAGUCUUAACAAGCAUUAAAAGUGUGGA